CGCAUCUUCUUGUCGCAGCCACGCUCGCCUCCUCCCCCAAAAUCUUUGUGCACAGGCCGAUCCAUCCAAAAAGAAAGGUUCAGACCUGCAAAAAUGGCAUCAACUUUGGCAGCCCGUCAAGCUGCAAAUCUACUCCGUCUCUCCUCUUCUAGAUCGGCUGCCCAAGCUGCCUCGCUUAUCCAGCGCCGUGGCCUCUCCGGCGCCGCCGAUCAUCAUGGACCUGCAAAGGUUGACUUCUGGAAAGACCCGAUGAGUCCAUCUAAGUGGAAGGAAGAGCACUUUGUUAUUAUCUCUUUAUCUGGUUGGGGAUUGCUGAUCUAUAGUGGAUACAAGAUGUUCUCUGGAGGCAAGAAGGAUGAGAAAUUGGUGGAAGCAGCGAACUAAGAGGUUGAAAUUUGUGCCAGAAACUUUCUGCUAAUAAUUUGUUUACGUGGAUGCAAGAUUUCCUGGUAUUCACCUUUCUUUAUUUGGGGACAGUUUGGGUUCCUCAGCAAUUUGAUAUGUUUUUCAGUUUCUAAUUGCAUAUUUUUGCAGACUUGAGCCAUUCUCAUUGUCAUAAAUAUAUCGCAUAUUUGAAUAACAAGCAUCCUUUUGGUUCGGUA